AGGGGGCGCGCGUCGGGACACGCUCCUCCUGAGCUCGGAAUGCGUGGGUCAGCGCAGUGUCCCUUCACUCACGGGGCUGCUAGAGCCUGGAGGACGGCGCCCUGGCUGUGCAUAGGUGCCUCCGGCCCCGCUCUCCCGAGCCCCUCUGACCCCGUUUCUUUUGCAGAGUUCGGCCUCGCGGCGGAGCGCAGCCUUGUCUCCCGGCAGUCUCUGCAUCAUGGCUACCUCCGACGAACUGAAUAUUGGUAAAAAACUAUAUGAGGGUAAGACAAAGGAAGUCUAUGAAUUAUUGGAAAGCCCAGGAAAGGUUCUUCUGCAAUCCAAGGACCAAAUUACAGCAGGAAAUGCAGCCAGAAAGAAUCACCUGGAAGGAAAAGCUGCAUUCUCAAAUAAAACUACCAGUUGUGUUUUUCAACUAUUAAAAGAAGCAGGUAUCAAAACUGCUUUUAUCAAAAAAUACAGGGAGACAGCUUUUGUUGCACCUAAGUGUGAAAUGAUUCCAAUAGAAUGGGUUUGUAGAAGAAUAGCAACUGGUUCUUUUCUCAAAAGAAAUCCUGGUGUCAAGGAAGGAUACAAAUUUUACCCUCCUAAAGUGGAAUUGUUUUUCAAGGAUGAUGCAAAUAAUGAUCCACAGUGGUCUGAAGAACAGCUAAUUGCUGCAAAAUUUUGCUUUGCUGGACUUGAAAUAGGCCAAACUGAGGUGGACAUCAUGAGCCAUGCUACGCAGGCUAUUUUUGAAAUAUUGGAGAGGUCCUGGUUACCCCAGAACUGUACACUGGUUGAUAUGAAGAUCGAAUUUGGUGUUGAUGUCACUACCAAAGAAAUUAUUCUUGCUGAUGUCAUUGAUAAUGAUUCCUGGAGACUCUGGCCAUCAGGAGAUCGAAGCCAGCAGAAAGACAAGCAGUCAUAUCGUGACCUCAAGGAAGUAACUCCUGAAGGGCUCCAGAUGGUAAAGAGAAACUUUGAAUGGGUUGCAGAAAGAGUAGAGCUGCUUCUGAAAGCAGAAAAACAGUGCAGGGUUGUAGUAUUGAUGGGCUCAAUGUCUGAUCUUGGUCACUGUGAAAAAAUUAAGAAGGCCUGUGGAAAUUUUGGCAUUCCAUGUGAACUUCGGGUAACAUCUGCCCAUAAAGGACCAGAUGAAACUCUCAGGAUUAAAGCUGAGUAUGAAGGGGAUGGCAUUCCUACUGUAUUUGUGGCUGUGGCAGGCAGAAGCAAUGGUUUAGGGCCAGUGAUGUCGGGUAACACUGCAUAUCCAGUUAUUAGCUGUCCUCCCGUCACUCCAGAAUGGGGAAGUCAAGAUGUGUGGUCUUCUCUUCGACUACCCAGCGGUCUUGGCUGUUCAACCAUACUGUCUCCAGAAGGAUCGGCUCAGUUUGCUGCUCAGAUAUUUGGGUUGAACAACCAUUUGAUAUGGGCCAAACUGCGAGCACAUAUAUUGAACACAUGGAUUUCUUUGAAGCAGGAUGACAAGAAAAUCAGGGAGAGCAAUACAUGAGAAUCAUUGUAUUUUUAGGAGAAUUCCUUGUAAACUUCAGGAUGAACAGACAGGUUUUUUUGUUUUUGUUUUUUUUUUUUUUAAGAUUUAUUCAUACAGAA